AUGAGCGAUACGGUGACCGACGAGACGACGAUCAUCUUUCAGACGGACGAUGGGCAGGUGCUGGACGCUCGUGAGCUGGCAACCGCAUUUUCACAGGCAGAAGAGGGGGCAGCACAAGUGGUCGACGGCGAAGGCAACGUCAUCACGAUCACUGCCGAGCAGUUGGCCGAGGCCGGCAUCGAUAUGGCCAAUCUGGGAGCAGAUCAGGUGGACUUGAUCUUGCAUUUGGCGCAAGCGUCUCAGAAGGCGAUGCUCCUGUCGUCGUCAGAUGCUGUGCAGGACGAUGAGGACAAAAGACGACAGUCGCUGGAUCUUGCGUCGUCCGAUUACUCGCAGGCGGAAAAGAGCGGCAAGUACAUGUCGCAGCAGCACCACCGAGGAUUUGUUGGCGGCAGCAGCGGUAGCGAGGAGUUGGAGCGAUACCACGAAUCGAACGGUAGUGCAUCUUUCUCGAACCGUGGCGAGAUGGAGACCCGUUCUGAGCGCACGCCAUCCGGCUUUGCGUUGAUAGGCAGUCAGAUCGAAGUGCGGCGAGGGAACAAAACUUACACCGGUACCGUGCGGUUCGUUCGGCGCGGGGUCGGUUACAAGGUCGAAUUCGAGGGUGGACGGUUCGAAUGGGUGACUGAAGACCAGAUCGGCUUCAAGCAGAACGAUGUCCCGGGCACGGUUAAUGCCGCUGAGGAUGUACAGAAAAAGCGAGAUCACGAAUACCUGACGGGCAGUAUGGAUGCUUCGCCUGCCAGGUGCAGCUCAGGUUUUCAGUCAUGUCGUCCUGUCGGCGCUUCAGGGAUUGCUUCUGCCGGCGGCUCCCCCUAUGUCACUGAUCGCCACUUCCCAGGAAAAGAAAGCCACGACGCUGGUGACGUGGAUUUCUCUUGCCCCAUUUGCAAUCAGAAGGUAUAUAAUAAAGAACCGUCAUACAUCGUCAUACGAAUACCGGCUUGCCAGCGAUGUGCGGAAAGCAAAAUUUUGGUACUCGACGAUAACUGA